UGUAACUCUUUCCCGUACACCGAACAAUGGUGUUCUGGACAUUUGGAAGGCGUGCGCGGAGCCAAAUCAUUUCGUUUGCCUGGUGACUACCAGGCUACUCACCUACGCCUAGUAAGCAAUGGAAAUACGCAACUUGGCGGCGGCCGUGGUGCGGCAGCCUGCGCGCGCAGCCCUGCCGACGUUGUUGCCGCGCGGCGUGAACCGUCGCGCCGUCAACCAACCAAUAGCCCGACAGAACUCGGCACGAGCGCGCGCCGCCGUCUCCUUAUCGACGCGCAAACGUGAUACACCUCUACGGGUGAUAGCCGAACCCUCAACAGUGUCGCACAUUUUGUUUGUGAACAAUAUUUUACAGAAAUAAUCACUAAAGAAGCCAGGACCCAGAGCGCCGAUCUAAUACAAUUUACAUUAUCAGUGGCUGAAAUAGCAGAAGCUUACAAUCAUAUGUCACAAGGGUCAUGGCGAUAAUGGACGCAAGGGGGCGGAUACCUCAUCUAUAAGCAUGGCAGACUGCAGUGUAGAGAGUGGCGGUUAACGCUGCGGGCAGAAUGUGGGCGCGAGUGUCGCGGGCGCUGCGGCGCGUGGCGCUCCUGCUGCCGCUGGCGUUGACGGCGCUGGCACUGAUGCUGCUGCCGCGACCGCCUCCCAUGACACCUGCUCGUCUGCCCUCCGCUGCCGCUCAGUCGUCGCUGCUGCGCGAGGAAUCACAUCUCCAGAACGCGCUGAAUGUCAUCGCAGAAAGUGAGGAGAUCGCUGCUGCUGCGGACGACGUGUCAGACGUGGCGCACCGGCCGUGGUUCAUGAAGGGUGGCGAGCAGCGCCCGUGGCAGACCGACGCGCAAAACGCCAGGCUGUUCCCCGAAGAUGUGCCAGGCGAAGACAGAAUGGUCGAACAGCUAAUGUACACCCUACCAAAAGACGAGGAGGUGCCGAUAAAGAAGAUCUUGCUCGCGAACGGGCUGGGCGCGUGGGGCGUGCCGAGCGGGCGCACGGAGUUCCUGCGCAACAAGUGCCCGGUGGACCGCUGCACGCUGUCGGCCGACGCUCGCGACGCGGGCUCCGCCGAUGCCAUCCUAUUCAAGGAUCACCACACACCUUUUAACGUCAAGCGCCCACCCAACCAGAUCUGGAUCCUGUACUACCUGGAGUGCCCGUACCACACGGCGUCGCUGCGGCCCGGCUCCACGGGCGUGUUCAACUGGACGGCCACGUACCGCCGCGACUCCGACAUCGUCACGCCCUACGAGCGCUGGGUCUACCACGACCCGCUCAUCACUGAGAACAAGAUCGAGAGGAACUAUGCCGCUAAUAAGACCAAAAAGGUGGCGUGGUUCGUGUCGAACUGCCACGCGCGCAACCGGCGGCUGCAGUACGCGCGGCAGCUGGCCAAGCACAUCUCGGUGGACAUCUACGGCGCGUGCGGCUCGCACCACUGCCCGCGCGCCGACCCCAACUGCCUCGAGAUGCUGGACCGAGACUACAAGUUCUACCUCGCCUUCGAGAACUCCAACUGCCGCGAUUACAUCACUGAGAAGUUCUUUGUUAAUGGAUUGCAGCACGACGUGUUGCCGGUCGUGAUGGGCGCCCGGCCGGCGGAGUACGCGGCAGCAGCGCCGCACAACUCGUACGUGCACGUCGAAGAGUUCGCGUCGCCGCAGGAACUCGCCGCCUAUCUCGACAGGCUCGACAAAGAUGAUGCCCUUUACAAUUCCUACUUCAAGUGGAAGGGCACGGGCGAGUUCAUCAACACGUUCUUCUUCUGCCGCGUGUGCGCCAUGCUGCACGCGAGCGAGCGGCGGCAGCGCGCGGCGCGGCUCGACGACGUGCAGGCGUGGUGGCGCGACGGCGCCUGCACGCGCAGCGAGUGGCGCGCCGCCGCCGCCGCCGCCGAGUACGCCGACACGCAGGACAAGGGCUAGGCACCGCCGAUCCGGGUUCGUGGCCCCUACGUUCCGAUGGACCGUGGCCGUUACUCGUCGAGUCAUCUGAGAAGACGCCCCGAUAUGUCUUUACGCGACCGCUUUGUCUACAUUCGUACGAAAGAGAGAUAGAGUUCGGGCGGUGUUUCGGAAUGUCACAUAUGAUACGUGCAGGUUACUGUUCUGUGAUAAGGAUAUGGAAGAUUUCCGCGCUCCUAGCUCUCUUUGUAUGGACGUUGAAAAGUCGCUAUUAUGAAUUCAAGGGUAACGCGCGUGUUAGGUUUGGAUGGAUUCAAAUAUCCAUCCGCAGUCCUCGCUUUGUGCAAUGUAUUUGGUUAUACUUUUUCACCAGAUUUGCCAAUUUAGUUUUGCUAGUAUAAAUGUUUCUAGAGUGCGGAUGCAGGCAUCGAGUUCUAGUAUUCAUUGCUUACUAAUAUCAUGAAGACAUAUACUUACUUGUGCUCACACGUCCAUUACUAGUAAUAGUUAUGCUAAGUUAUGUAUGACCACACUUUUACUCAUAAGUAUGUAGACACUUAAAAGCAAAUUUCAUAAUUGGUCACGCAGCAAAUUGGCGCCCACUGGGGGCCAAAAUCAAUUUUUUCUGACGACCCAGACAAUAAUUAAAGAAAAUAUGAUCAGUGAAAAUAAAACAUGUUAAUCACACUUGGCAAAAUAUCCAAUGAUAGCCUGUCCAAUAGAACACAAAACUAAAUUACCACAAUACAAUAUUGCACAAAUUACCAUUAAAAAUUGCUUGUUUAUUGAGUUUAAUAUUUAUUUGUAAGUACUUAAAUAUUUUUAUUAUACUACUGUUAUAUUUUUAUAGUAUACCUACCAUAUUCUAUGGUGAUGCUACUAAGAUAGCACAAAGUACCUAAGUAGGAGAAAAUUACAACAGCACAAUAUAGUAUGCACUAAGGAGCAUAAAUUGAGUAUUAAUUAAUUUCACUUUUUUAAAGUUUUUUUCCUUUAAGCGUUUAAUAUUUUUAAUAAAUUUUGUAAGUUACUGUUGUGUAUGUUUAAUUUUAUAAUGCAUAAGAUUUUAAGCGAUUGAGAUAUGAUGCAUGUACAGUCACAGUGACCAUCAAUAUGAAAAUAAGUAGGGCCCUCAUGCUAUCAUCACGUGACGAUAUACGAAAUGGUACUUACUGAAAUUAAAUUCCUGGACCGUAUCUACCUAAAAUUGGUUUAAACUGAAAUAUACGAAUUAUCGUUACGAGCUUCAUUUGGAGACAUACAACUUAAGACUUAAAUAGUUAAUGCUAGGGUAGGACAUAAAUUAAAACAUAAGGUACUUAGUGUACUUCCUACCUAAAUGUGCCCCAAAAUGAUUCUAAGUAGAUUUAUAAUUUACAAAAAAUUGACCUCAAAACACUAUGUUUUAACUUGUUUCAGUCUAACAGCAUAUGUCUUAUUAUAUCCAAUGUGUAGCACAAAUAAAAUUACUUACUUAUGUUAAAUUACCGUAGAUAUGUGACUUGUUAUUUUUUGUAUAAAAGCAAUCAAACUUUGUUGUUAAGUAUUUUAACGCACUAAAAUGUAAAUAUUAUGUUAUUUCUCUAAAAUUGCGUUAUUAUGGAUUGGUUUUGUAUUAAGUAGAAUAAUUUUCAUAGCAUGUACGAGUCUAGAAAAAUGUUAUUUAUAUUAUUUAUCAGGGUAUUAAUUACCUACUUAAUUAUAAGCAACCUACUGGAAAGCUACUGAAGUUGUUAGUAAAUUCUUGCAUCAUACAUGCUACAGAGACUAAGUAGGCCCCUCAGAUGUUCUGUUCAAUCAAAGUAACUAGGUAGUCAAAUUAUUAUUUUUUGUUCGUCCAGUUGUCAAGGUACCUACUUAAAUUAUCGUUUAUUUCAAUUAUUUCAUAUUCUAAAUGUACCUAUCUAGGUUGUUUUAUGUGCAUUUACACGAUUGACCCUUAUUAGGUACUAUUUACUGUUUAUAAGAUAAACUAUUAUUUUUAUAUACCUACAGUUGGUUGCUGACUUCUGUGAUCAUUGGUAUUUAAUCUACAUUCCAAUUACCUCUGACAAUUACUCUUAUCAGAAGUAUUUACUGUGAAUUUUUUACUCGAUUUUCCUAGCAACAAAAAUACCUAAUCGUUGGAUUUGUUUUAAUUAAGUAUGUAUAUAUGUAUUAUAUAAUUUUAUCCGUUUUUUUCCUUAAUCAACUUUGCAUUACGUACAUGUUUCGUAUGUAGUCAGUAAGUAUUACUACGCCACUUCUUCAUACAUUCUUAACACACAUCACAUAAAAGUGCUUGUGUCACAAAUAAUUAAGUAUAAUAGAUGUGCCUGCCAUUUAAAUAAAAUGUAUAAGCCAAAGAUAUAACUAUAUAUGAAGAACUAUUGUUAUGUUAAUUUAGAGUAAGCAUCUAAGGUAUGAAUGUAGUAAGAUAUGCAUUGAUGUGCCUAGUAUGUUUACCAAAAAAAAGUCUUUGCAGUUAUCACUUGUCAAUCUGUAUCAAACAAUGUUCAUUACAACUUGCAACUAACCUACUUAUUGAAUUCACAAAACAUCCACAUGUGCCACUCAUAGUUGCAGUUUGUGUCCUUCAUGACACAUAUUAACAUUGUUUUGUAUUACACAAAUGUACUUAAUAUAUAAUAUAGGUACAUACACAUUACAACUUUAAGUGUACCUAUCUAUUGUUAUAGUUAUGUAAGUAGAAAGAAAUCUAGUUUUGUCAAUGUAAAUGAUAACAACUGAGGUGAUGCUUUAUUAAAAACUUCUAUUGGAUUAAUGCUCAGUUACCAGAAAACAGUACCUACAAUUAUUUGUCCAUACUUGUAGUAAGUCAAGUAACGCAUAAAUAUAACAAAAGUUGCAAAUAGCCCAUACAGAUUUUUUUUAAAUAUUGAGAACAAAAAUUCAUAUUUAUUUAUAGUAUUUUAAUGAUAUAACUGUUUCUAACAUUCGGACUGUUAAAUCAUAUUGACUGGUAAAAUUUCCUUAGUUAAAUUAUUUAAGAAAAUCUUAUUAACCCAAAAAAGACACCAAUAUGAAAUACAUUAUUUAACAAGUUGUUACUUAAUAUUUAAAAUAAAUAUCAAUGGUUAGAAAGUAAAAACCAUUAGAGACUUUGUUACAAAACAUGUGCAAACAAAAAUGUGCUUAAAAUGCAGUACAAUAUACUGCUAAGUUACUCCAUUGUAUCUAGCAAUCCACAACCUAUUCAUAGUGAAUAAAAUAAUUCAAAUGAA